ACCCUGUACCUCACCGGCCAAGUCUUCAUCUUACUCUCCCUCUUCCUCUCCGCCGCCAUAGCAUUCCCCCAACAAACCGGCACGGUCACAGCUUACGCAACUCCAGCGAUAAUAACUCCAGCCGUAGCGCUCCGCUGCUCAGAUGGACAACUCGCCAUCUACACAACUGACUGCACACUAGGAAUACCAGUAUCCUACUGUUCGAGACCAGAGCCUCCAAUCAAAUGCCCACAGGGUUUCUUCCCGUCAGUUUGGCAUCCAGACCACUGCAUGGAACAAUCAACCUGUUUCCCGCUUAAUGCAGCGUGGAUCACGACUGAGUGUUCGAAUGGUGCGCUUGCGUAUGCUACGUCAACCCUAUACGAUGGGACGCUUGCUGGAGGACAGUCGACUAUCAUAAGUGGUGCGCCAGGAAAUGAAACCUCUAACUGGUUUUCCGUGACCAAAGCUGUCUCCUGCUCCUGCGCCGAAGAUCAGUGGUACAGCAUGGCCCUCCUCGAAGGCUCAACUACCUACGAUUCCUUCUGCAUGCCAUCCAGCUACUGUCCACCAGGCAUGACGACCUCGGUCUCGUUUAAUGAUUACUGUGUCACUGCACCUGCGAGAAUCUGCUCUGGUAUUCCUAUGGAGACUAAUUUCUGUAAAUGUGCUUAUGCGGGGCAGACGCCUGUUUAUCCUGAGUAUCAGGGUGCUGUUCCUACUGGGUGUGAGUUUUGA